GGGAUGGUGUAUAUGUUGUUUGGAUCACUGAUUUCUAUGAUCACCUGAUCACAGAGAUAGCCUAAUCUGUGAUCUCCUUUACACUUGUGGGAAAAUUGCUACACAUUCAUUCAUGUGCAAGUUUAGGCACGGGUAAAAUUCAUGUCAUUUAGCUCGGUGUCUGUUAUCGUGUGCAAUUUAAGUCUUCUUGACGCCGAUCGCACGGUGUCUCCAUCCAGCCCGCCGGACUGAGGCGGAGGACGCUUCGGAUCUUUAAAUAGCAGCCGCAUGAAUAUGAAUGGAGGGGCUGUCUGACGAGCGGCAUGUCAGCAGGAAAUCAAUAGGCUGCCGGGCGCUAAGGAGGGCACGUUUGCUCCGGGACUCACAGACAGUCCACCCACCAGAAAAAUGCUGUGAGCUGCGGAGCGGCGGUCAGUCCGUGAAGCCGCAUCAGCAGUAGCCACAGGCAAGACGGGAGCUGCUUCACCACCGGGACCUGAAGCCAUGAAUACCGGAGAUGCUAAGGAGUAUUUGGCCAGGAGAGAGAUCCCUCAGCUGUUUGAGAGCCUCCUUACUGGCCUGAUGUACUACCGGCCCGAUGACCCAGUUGAGUAUCUGGAGAACUGUCUGAAGAAGGUCAGGGAGCUGGGAGGGACAGAGAAGGUCCGGUGGGACACAUUUGUGGGCCAAGAGAAGAAAUCUCUCCCUCCACUGAAUGGAGGCCAGUCCAGGAGGUCCUUCUUCAGGAAUGUGCUGCCGGACAGCCCCAGCUUCCCCUACCGCCGCUACGACCGGCUGCCCCCCAUCCACCAGUUCUCCAUUGAGAGUGACUCCGACCUGUCCGAGACCGCCGAGCUCAUUGAGGAGUAUGAGGUGUUUGAUCCAUCCAAGCCGCGGCCCAAAGUCAUCCUCGUCAUCGGUAAGGAGUCUGUUUGGCCAGUGACACGCCUGGGGCUUAGAGUAACGGCCUGCGACCGGCUGCAGGUCUGCACUGAAGGCGCAUGUCUGUGUCGACACCCCCUGACCCCGCAGAUCUGCACGCCCGACCUGGUGCUGUUCCUCGCCUGCGCAAACAGCCGCCUGAAGGAGCGUCUGGAGAAGCGGGCAGAGCAGCAGGGCCGCCCAGACGACAACCCCAAGGCUACCGAGCGCCGGCUGGCCAACUUCAAGCAGAACGCCAUCCCACUGGUCAAGUACUUCCAGGAGAAAGACCUCAUCAUCACGCUGGACGCAGACAGAGAUGAAGAGGAGGUCUUCUACGACAUCAGCGUGACUGUCGACAGCAGGCUCUUCCCCACCAAGGAGCCUGUUGCCGGUCCCAGUGAGCUGGACCUCAGUCUUCUGGUGGAGUCCACUGGUGUGGGAGACACGGUCCCCGAAUUCGAGGAGCAGGCCGAAGACGACACGGCUGGUUAUGCUGAGGAGAGUGCUGAAGGUUUCCCGGAGGAGAUGAAAAAACCAAGGAUCAUCUUUGUAGUCGGUGCGUUUGGGGAGGCUCUCCCCGUUUAUCUGUCACGAAAGCGGGGUCUGCAGUGUGAGAAGCUGGAGCAGCACUACGGCCUGCAGCCACUCUGCCCUGGGGAGCUGCUGCGACGGGAGCUGCAGGUGCACAGCGAGCGUGGCCGCCUGCUGCGCGACUUCCUGGAGAGAGGGGAGCAGCUUCCGGCUGACAUGCCGCUGGAGCUGAUGAGGGAGGCGAUGGCUGCUGCCCUCGGGCAGGAGAAAGGCUUCCUGAUCGAAGGCUUCCCCCGGAGCGUCCGGCAGGCCGAGGACUUCGAAGCCAAGAUCGGUGAGCCCAGCCUGGUCCUGCUGCUGGAAUGUUCCACGGACACCAUGUGCCGUCGGCUGUCGCAGACGGUGGCUCCGCCCCUCCGGCCCGGAGACAGCAGAGACGCCAUGCAGAAAAGGGUGGAGAGCUUCUGCAGCACCGUGGAGCUCAUUGCUGCCCACUACGAACGGAGGAAACUCCUGCACAAGAUUGAUGCGGAGAGACCUCCUGAGGACGUUUUUGUGCAGAUCUGCCACAUGCUGGAUACCUACUAGUAGUGCCAUCAAGACGGAAGCCUGUUUGUGGAAGAGAUGUCUGGGCGCUGAGCUCUGUACUGCCAAAGGCCUUUCGACUGAACCCCCACGUCCUUUUGAGAAACAUCCAGAGUCAGACAGUGACACAUUCUGGGUUUUUUAGGGAGUCCCCAACACCGCCCCCCUCUCCCGAAAUCAACAGAGGUCAUGACAAUGGAAGUCUUGGCGCAACGAACCAGAAGCUUGUAUCGUGUGCCGACUCCCCCCCCCCCCCCCCCAUGCGUGCUGUCCCCAGUGUCCUUGCUCUGUAAGAUACCAGCACUCUGACACUCAAAGUGAAGUUACCCCUAAUGCGCUUGGAAAAGCAGCUUCUAAGCAAGAGUUUCUGUAGGUUUCUUUUUCACGUUAAUCUCGUACAUUAGCAUUGCAUGGAGUCAGCUAUCGAAGUUCACCGUCGCUCUUGUGGACCGCAGGCUUUCUCGCUGAGAAACUGUGCUCUUCCGUCUUUAUGAGGUGUACAUACAGUGAAUGUGGACAAAAACGUGCUCUCAUUUUACACUUUGUAUUCACUUUUUGAAGGUUAAGUGAAAAAGGUUUUAUAAGUAUUUCACCAGUGCAAAGAGCAAAACCAAUGCCACUACGCAGACCGCCCUCACCCCUGUAGUCAGCAUCGCUGCAGACAACUCUCCCCUAUACGGCCACUGCCACUAUACAGACCACCCUGUCCCCUGUAUAGCCGCCACUGCUACACAGACCACCCUCUCUCCCUUAUAUAUCCACCACCUCUACACAGACCUCCCUCUCUCCCCUGUAGGAUCACUGCCGCUACACCAACCACCCUAUGUCCCCUGUACAGCCACUGUCACUACACAGACCACCCUCUGUUCCCUGUAUAGCCGCCACUGCUACACAGAUCACCACCUCUCCCUUGUAUAUCCACCACCUCUACACAGACCACCCUGUCUCCCCUGUACAGCCACUUCUGCUACACCAACCACCCUAUGUCCCCUGUACAGCCACUGUCACUACACAGACCACCCUUUAUCCCCUGUACAGCCACUGCCGCUACACAGACUGCCCUCUCACUGCACUCUUGCUCUCAUUGUGGUCUUGAAGUGGAAAAUAAAGCACAUGUACCAUCCUU